CUGCACCUGUGCUUAAAAAAUCCUGGAUCUGCCCAGGCAAGCUAUAUGUCACCAGUGAUAUUUUUUUUUCAAUCAGAGGAGCCAUGGAAAGCAGAAGUGACAUGCUGAUGAUAAGUGAGGUGCUCAUCUUCCUGGUUGUGUCCCUGGUCAUCGCACAAUUUUUGAAACUGCAGUGGGCACACAGGCAGCUUCCUCCUGGACCAAUGCCACUCCCCAUUUUUGGAAGCCUGUGGCAGCUGAACUUUCAAGCUAAUCACAAGAUGCUUGAAAAGUUGGCAAAGCUUCACGGCAACAUCUUUACCUUCUGGCUGGGGCACACCCCUGCAGUUGUGCUGUACAGAUUUCAGGCAGUGAAGGACGGUCUGACCACCCACCCUGAAGAUGUCUCUGGGCGGAUGGAAACCCCUGUCUUCAAGCAAAUGGCCAAUGGAAAGGGUAUUCUGCUAUCAAAUGGUCAUACCUGGAAGCAGCAGAGACGAUUUGGGAUCAUAAGCCUGCGGAAACUGGGAAUGGGGAAGAAGAGCCUGGAACACCGGAUACAGAAGGAAGCCCAUCACCUGGUGGACAACUUCAUGACUACGAAUGAAAAACCGCUGGACCCUACUUUUCCAGUUGUCCAUGCAGUCUCGAACGUGAUGUCUGCUGUGGUGUUUGGACAUCGCUUCUCCAGAGACGAUGAAACUUUCCACCGGCUGAUUGAAGCCUUUGAUUGUAUAGUGGCUUUUGGGAACAGUCUCACUUACUUUCUGUGCGAAAUUCUCCCAGGUGUGAUGCAGUAUCUUCCAGGACCUCAAAAGAAGGCAUUGGCUUGCUGUGAGUUUAUCCAUUCUUUCAUAAGGAAGGAGAUUGAAAGCCACAGAGAGAGUGGCAUAGCAGACGAAUCUCAGGAUUUCAUCGACUGCUACCUGGAGCAGAUGGCUAAAACUAAAGAUGAGCCCAACUCAACAUACGACGAAGACAACAUGAUUCAGUCUAUUUUUGACCUAUUCAUGGCAGGUACAGAGACCACAACUACUACGAUGCGCUGGGCACUCAUGUUUAUGGUGCUUUAUCCUGACAUCCAAGAGAAAGUCCAGCAGGAACUGGAUGCUGUGCUGGGUCCCUCCCACACAAUCUGCUACGAAGAUCGCAAGAAACUGCCCUACACAAAUGCUGUGAUUCAUGAGAUCCAGCGCUACGGGAGCAUUGUUUUAAUUACAAUCCCCAGGAAAAGUGUGAAGGACACAGUGCUGCUGGGGUAUCCGAUUCCAAAGGGUACCCUGGUUAUCCCCGUUUUAGACUCUGCCCUGUAUGACCCUGAGCAAUGGGAGAUUCCUAAGCAGUUCAACCCCAAUCACUUCCUGGAUAAGGAUGGAAACUUUGUGAGCAGAGAAGCCUUCUUACCAUUUUCAGCAGGCCACCGGGUAUGUCUGGGAGAGCAGAUGGCAAGGAUUGAGCUCUUCAUCUUCUUCUCCAACCUGCUGCGGGCGUUCAAAUUCACCCUGCCAGAGGGAGUGACGGAAAUCAACACAAAGAUUAUUUUUGGGAGCACGAUGCAGCCCCAUCCAUAUAAACUCUGUGCAAUUCCUCGCUAGAGGGCGGCACCUCAACCAAUCAGGGACAGGACUAUUCCUCAGAACCAUUUCCCAAGAUGAAUUUCCCCCCUCUGUGUCUUAUUCUUUUGCCCUUUUUGGCCAUACGCGAGCAUCAGUCUCUCCCACUGACAGUUGCUCUCUUGAGCUAUCGCACCCGGAGGAAAGCGCCAGGAGAGCGUGCCUGCUUCGCUAUUUUCUUGCACUCAGAAAAGUUCUGUACCUUUCUUCCAGAUGUGCCACAAAUUAAAAAUAUA